AUGGGUGUUCACCUUGCGUACAACGACGUGCAUCCCUUCGCCAAGGUUAAUGUCACUGACAAAGCAUCUGUACAAAAGCUCCUCGAGACAGUCCUUGACCCCCUUGAGCCAUUUUUCUCGCCGGACAAAGCACGAGUCAAGUGCCCUGGUGGCACUGCCGUGCGAUUUGACGAUGUGGCGGCCCAGAUCGAGGGGUUUGCGCGGCCACUAUGGGGGCUAGCUUUCCUUCUCGCCGGAGACGGAAAAUACAGAGGCACAGACUGGUGGAUUGAUGGGUACCGGGCAGGCACAGACCCGAAGAGCCCAGAGUACUGGGGCUACCCGAGGGACAAUGAUCAGAGAAUGGUCGAGAUGUGCCCUUUGGGAUACGCGUUGGCCGUGGCCCCUGAGAUAUGGGACAAGUUGACGACAGAAGAAAGAGGCAACGUCGAGGCUUGGCUGGGCAACUCCAUCAAUGAGAAGACCAUGCCCAACACGAAUUGGCUCUGGUUCCGUGUCUUUGCGAAUCUGGGAUUGAAGAAGAACGGCGGCAAGUUUUCCAAGGAGAGACUGGAGAGCGACAUUAAGCACCUGGACACGUUCUACCGAGGCGAUGGCUGGUCCAACGACGGUCCAGAAGGCAUUCACCAGAUGGAUUACUACUCCUCAAGCUUUGCCAUCCAGUUCCUCCAGCUCAUCUACGCCAAACUAAACGGCGACGACGACCCCGAGCGAGCUGCCGAGUUUAAGAAGCGAACCCAGAUCGGCGCGCUCGACCUGGUGCACUACUACGACGAGGACGGCCGUGCUAUACCAUAUGGGCGCAGCCUCUCGUAUCGGUUCGCUGUCGUCUCUUUCUGGGGGGCCAUGGCGUACGCAGACGUCGAGCUUCCGGCGCCCCUGACUUGGGGUAUGGUCAAGGGAAUCGUGCUGCGUCACCUGCGAUGGUGGCAGACACAGACCUCUUUAUGGACUGCGAGCGGCACCUUGUCCCUGGGCUACUCGUACCCCAACACGUUCAUGACGGAAAACUACAACAGCCCCGGAAGUCCGUACUGGGCGUGUCUGGCGUUUAUCUGUCUCGCCGUGCCCGAGAGUCAUCCCUUCUGGACGUCGAAGGAGGAGCCCCUAGGUAACACUUUCCCCAAGGUCAAGGCACUGAAGCACCCGGGCCACAUCACUAGCUACCACGGUGGACAUUGCAUGCUUCUCUCCUCUGGACAGGCGUGCAGCUACCCGAUGCGAGCAACGCAUGCCAAGUAUGGAGGCUUUGCGUACAGCAGCGCCUAUGGGUACUCUGUCCCCACGGGUCUCUUCUCGCUCGAGCAAUACGCACUGGCUUCGCAACUCGGACUUUCGGACGAUGGAGGUGAAUACUGGAAGACACGGCGGCUGUGCGAGUAUGCUGCCAUUGAGUACCGCGACGAGAAGCCGGUUCUCGUGUCUGUGUGGAAGCCGUUCCCGGAUGUCACGAUCAAGACGUAUCUCGUUCCUUCUACAGAAGACCAUCCCAACUGGCAUAUCCGCGCCCACAAGAUCGAGGCUGGUCGAGAGGUGAUGACGGCAGACGGGUCGUUCGCUAUACGGAAUGUCGACAGCCAGACAGGUCGAAGCCUAGAGCUAUAUGAUGCUGCGAGGCACGAGGGCACGUCGCCCAAGAUCAUUGGCAAUUACGACGUGAAGACGCCCGCUGGCUGGGCAGACGGUCGGGCUGGCGCCUUUGCGGCAUCGGCUGGGGCGGUUGGCAUCAAGGCACUGGAGGGUUGGGAAGGGCGCCAGGCCAACCUGGUGAAUGCAGACCCCAAUUCGAACCUCGUCGAGGCGCGGACUGUGAUUCCCACACUGCAGCAUACGAUCAAGCAGGGCGAGACGGUCGCAUACAUCUCUGGGAUAUAUGCCAAGCCCACGGGGCCUGGGGAGGAGUUUCUUGAUGGAUGGGACAAGCCCCCUAUGGUACCAGGCUGGCUCGAUUCGGAACUUCAAUAA